GGCGGGGCGGGGCGGGAGUGCGGCCCCGCCCGCGCUGACUUGCGCGUGCCCCGCAGGCGGCGCUGGCGCUGGUGAGCGAGGAGCAGCCGCUGUUCGAGGCCGCCUACGACCCCGGGGCCCCGAUCCGGACCGACCCGCUGCCGGGGGCAGAGCAGGAGCCCGGCUGGAGCCCCGAGAGGCAGUCUCCCCUGGGCUGCGGCGUUUCCCCGCGGGACCAGGCCGGGGGCUCCGAUGCGGCCCCGAUCGCGUACGGGGGCAGCCCCCCGGCCCCCGCCGACGAGAAGAGGGUCAUCGUGCCCGCAGACCCGCGCGCCUGGAGCGCGGAGCACGUGCGGCGCUGGGUCACGUGGGCCGCGCGCCGCCCUGGGCCUGGCCGGGCUCGACCCCGCGCGGCUCGGGCACGUGGACGGGCGCGCGCUCUGCCGCCUCGACCGCGACGGCCUCGCGCGCCUCGUGCCUGCGCCCCACGCGGACGCGCUGUUCGCGCACCUCUCGCGCCUGCGCCAGGACAGCCCCACCUUCGCCUGCACCCCCGCCAGCCCCCCGCGGCCCAUCAUCAAGACAGAACCUACCUAUGAUGACAGCGUGGGGAGCAGCUGGACCGGGACCAGCCCUAGAGACUCACCACCCCCCCAUCCAAGUGGAGACCACCCACAUCAUCCCAGAUCCCUACCAGGUGCUAGGACCCACCGGCAGCCGUUUGGCCAAUCCAGGCAGCGGGCAGAUCCAGCUGUGGCAGUUCCUGCUGGAGCUGCUGUCAGACAGCGCCAAUGCGGGCUGCAUCGCCUGGGAGGGGGCAGACGGCGAGUUCAAGAUGACCGACCCGGAUGAGGUGGCGCGACGCUGGGGCCGGCGCAAGUCCAAGCCCAACAUGAACUACGACAAGCUGAGCCGGGCGCUGCGCUACUACUAUGACAAGAGCAUCAUGACCAAGGUCCACGGCAAGCGCUACGCCUACAAGUUCGACUUCCGGGGCCUCAGCCAGACCCACCAGGCUGACCCUGGUGCCUACCGAGUCCCCGCUCCGGCCCUGCCCUGCCUGGGGCCCUGCCAUGUGCAGCCCAAGGCAGGCUUUGGCCUAGCGCCUGGCCCUGGGGUAGCCCCCAGCUUCUUCACUAGCCCCUACUGGGGGGGUGGGGGGCUCUACCAGAGCCCCGGGGGCUACCUCAACUCCACCUUUUAGGUUGGCGGGGCCGCCGGGGGCAACUUGAGGCAGGCUUCAGCCUAGUGCCCACCUUCUACAAUGACCUGGGACACGGGGUGGCCCCUGGACUCCUCUUUCUAGCCCUGGAACCAAGGGGACUCUACAAAAUGAAGACAGGUUUGAGGCCUACUGUGGCCAACUCUAGGCAGGCUUUGGCUUAGCACGCACCUUGGGGGCUGCUUCAGCUCCACCCACUAGGCCAUCAGGGCUUGGGGUGCAGGGUGCCAUGGCCUGGGGCUGCUCCCUGGACUCUUUCUAGCCCCAGCACCAAAGGGACUCUACAAGAUGCAGGCCAAGGGUUUGAGGCCUACCACGGCCAACUCUAGGCAGGCUCCAGCCGAGUGGCUGCUUUGGCAACUACUCCACCACCACCUUCUAGGCCAGCAGGGCCUGUGAAUGCUGCCCUGGACUCCUCUGUCUACCUGUAGCACCUAGGGGACUCUACAAGGUGAUGGCUGCAGCCUUGACCUAUUAGGGGGCCUACCACAGCCAAGUCUAGGCAGGUUUUGGACUAGCACUCACCUUGGGGGUUGCUGCAGCUCCUCCUCCUAGGCCAGUGGGCGCCCCUGGGAUGCUUCUGGCUCUGACUCUUGGCAGACCGCCAGGUGAAGUCCGAGGUCUUGCCCUAUUCUGAGACCAACCAAGGCGAACUCUAGGCAGACUCCUCCCAAUAGCCCCCAGCUUCUCCUGACAGGCACCUGGGAUCCUGACCAUGGCAGGGAGAGAGACAUGAGGCUGCCUAUUGCCAAUGAGCUCAAGCGCCUGUUGCCUGGAGACACCUGUAGGCCCUUUGCCCAAUGGAGACCGCCUGUUGCCCAUGGACAUCCAUAGGAACCUGUUGCCAAUGAAAACUGCUGCCCACAGGUACCACCUGUUGCCUAUGGAGACACCUGUAGGCAUGUAUUGUUUACGGAAGCUGCUUGUUACCCAUAGCUACCAUCAGUUGCCCACAGAGAUGCCCAAGGGCACCUGUUGCCUAUGGAGACUGCCUGUUGCCAAUACAUACAGCCUGUUGCCUACUCACCUGGGACACACUUCUCCCCCAUGAACACUGCCUGUUGCUCCCAGCUACCUGUUGCCCAACACCCAGUGGCCAGCAUGCACUGGUUGCCGAGGACAACUGUCUCUCAUGGACACCACCUAUUUCCAUGGCUACUGAGGUGGGAGGCGGGCAGGGAUGGGGUGUUAAGAACCCCCACCUCCAAGAGUAGCAACCCCACAUGACAGCGACUGUCUCCUCCUUCCCCCCAUGCUUCCAUCCCACCCCCUGGAUUAAAGGUUAAGACCUCACA